AUGUCUUCCCUCGACCAAGAAGAGCAGCUUUACCUGCAAGAUGUAGAAGCCGUCAAGAAGUGGUGGACUGACUCCCGCUGGCGCUACACACGACGACCAUAUACAGCCGAGCAGAUUGUGCAGAAGCGAGGCACGCUCAAGAUCCAGUAUCCUAGCAAUGACCUGUCGAAAAAGCUGUGGAAGAUUGUUGAGCAUCGUUUUGCGACCAAGACCGCGUCCGCUACCUAUGGCUGCCUCGAGCCCACCAUGCUGACACAAAUGAACAAAUAUCUGGAUACCGUCUAUGUGUCUGGCUGGCAGUCGUCCUCCACCGCCUCGUCCACUGACGAGCCUUCUCCCGAUCUGGCUGACUACCCGAUGAACACUGUGCCUAACAAGGUUCAGCACCUGUUCAUGGCUCAGCUCUUCCACGACCGCAAGCAGAGAGAGGAGCGCCUUACCACUCCCAAAGACAAGCGAGGUCAGGUGGCCAACUUCGAUUAUCUCCGACCCAUCAUUGCCGACGCAGACACUGGCCACGGAGGUCUGACGGCUGUCAUGAAGCUCACAAAGCUGUUUAUCGAAAAAGGCGCUGCCGGCAUCCACAUUGAGGAUCAAGCUCCAGGAACCAAAAAGUGCGGCCACAUGGCUGGCAAAGUACUCGUCCCCAUUUCCGAACACAUCAACCGUUUGGUGGCAAUCCGCGCCCAGGCCGACAUCAUGGGUGUUGACUUGCUUGCCGUUGCUCGUACCGACUCAGAGGCAGCAACCCUGAUUACCACGACUAUCGACUACCGUGACCACCCUUUCAUUCUUGGAUCCACCAACGCCAAUCUGCAGCCGCUCAACGAUCUCAUGGUUGCGGCCGAACAAGCCGGCAAGAACGGAGACGAACUCCAAGCCAUCGAAGACAGCUGGAUCGCCCAAGCUGGCAUCAAGUUGUUCGACGACGCCGUGAUUGACGCCAUCAAUGCCGGUGUCCAUGUGGAUAAAGCAGCGCUCAUCCAGAAAUACAAGACCGCCUCCAAGGGUAAAUCCAACAGCGAAUGCCGCGCCAUUGCCAAGGGCUUGACGGGUGUUGAUAUCUACUGGGAUUGGGAUGCCCCGCGAACCCGCGAAGGUUUCUACAGGUACCAAGGUGGCUGUGAAUGUGCGGUGAACAGGGCGAUCGCCUAUGCGCCAUACGCGGACAUGAUCUGGAUGGAGAGUAAGUUGCCAGAUUAUGCUCAGGCCAAGGAGUUUGCCGAGGGCGUGCACGCUGUGUGGCCAGAGCAGAAACUCGCAUACAACCUCUCUCCGUCCUUCAACUGGAAACGUGCCAUGUCGUCGUCAGACCAAGAGACGUACAUUCAACGCCUCGCCGAACUUGGAUACUGCUGGCAAUUUAUUACCUUGGCUGGCCUGCACUCGACUGCUCUCAUUUCCGACACCUUUGCCAAAGCCUUUGCCAAGCGCGGAAUGCGUGCGUACGGCGAACUCAUCCAGGAGCCUGAAAUGGAGAACAAGGUCGACGUUGUCACCCACCAGAAAUGGAGCGGCGCCAACUAUGUCGACAACAUGCUCAAGAUGGUCACUGGCGGAGUCAGCAGUACUAGUGCCAUGGGCAAGGGCGUGACGGAGACGCAGUUCCAUUGA